AUGGCAGGGCGGUUGCUUGCACCACCAGGCCCUGACAGUUUUAGGCCUUUCACUCCGGAAUCUCUGGCUAACAUUGAGAAGCGCAUUGCAGAAGAGAAGAAGAAGAAGCGUCCUAAGCAAGACGGCAGUCACAGAGAUGACGAUGAAGAGAACAAACCAAAACCAAACAGUGACCUGGAGGCAGGGAAGAGUUUGCCUUUCAUCUACGGGGACAUCCCCAAAGGCCUGGUUGCUGUGCCACUGGAGGACUUUGACCCUUACUAUAUGACGCAGAAAACCUUUGUAGUACUAAACAGAGGCAAAACACUCUUCCGAUUUAGUGCCACGCCUGCCUUGUACAUUUUAAGUCCUUUUAAUCUGUUUAGGAGAAUAGCUAUUAAAAUUUUGAUACAUUCAGUAUUUAGCAUGAUCAUUAUGUGCACUAUUUUGACGAACUGUGUGUUCAUGACUUUUAGUAACCCACCAGAAUGGUCGAAACAGGUGGAGUACACAUUCACUGGUAUAUAUACAUUUGAAUCCCUUGUGAAAAUUAUUGCAAGAGGCUUCUGCAUAGAUGGUUUCACUUUUCUUCGUGAUGCAUGGAACUGGCUAGACUUCAGUGUCAUCAUGAUGGCGUAUAUAACAGAGUUUGUAAACCUAGGCAAUGUUUCAGCUCUGCGCACCUUCAGGGUACUGAGAGCUUUGAAAACUAUUUCUGUAAUUCCAGGCCUGAAGACUAUUGUGGGAGCCCUGAUCCAGUCUGUGAAGAAACUCUCUGAUGUGAUGAUUUUGACUGUGUUUUGCCUCAGUGUAUUUGCUUUAAUUGGGCUACAGCUAUUCAUGGGGAAUCUAAGGAACAAAUGUGUCAUCUGGCCCAUCGAUCUCAAUGAGACCUACCUAGAAAAUGGCACCAAGGGAUUUGAUUGGGAAGAAUACAGCAACAAUAUGUCAAAUUUUUACACAAUACCUGGGUUUCUUGAUCCAUUGUUAUGUGGUAAUAGUUCUGAUGCAGGCCAAUGCCCGGAAGGAUACAUGUGUAUGAAAGCAGGGAGGAAUCCAAACUAUGGCUAUACCAGUUUUGAUACUUUUAGUUGGGCCUUCCUGGCCUUAUUUCGCCUCAUGACUCAGGACUUUUGGGAAAACCUGUAUCAGUUAACAUUGCGAGCAGCAGGAAAAACCUACAUGAUCUUUUUUGUCCUCGUUAUUUUUGUUGGGUCAUUCUACUUGGUGAACUUGAUUUUGGCUGUAGUGGCUAUGGCCUAUGAAGAACAAAACCAGGCUACAUUGGAAGAGGCAGAGCAGAAGGAAGCCGAAUUCAAGGCCAUGUUGGAACAACUGAAAAAGCAACAGGAGGAAGCUCAGGCUGCAGCCAUGGCUACCUCAGCAGGGACCGUGUCUGAAGAUGCUGUAGAAGAAGAUGGUGGGGGAAGGAUGUCCCACACCUCUUCUGAGUUCUCCAAGCUCAGCUCUAAGAGUGCCAAAGAGAGACGAAACAGAAGGAAAAAACGGAAGGAAAAGGAGCUCUCGGAAGGAGAGGAGAAGGGAGAUCUUGAGAAAGUAUUUAAGUCAGAAUCAGAAGAUGGAAUGAGGAGGAAGGUCUUCCGCUUGCCAGACAACAGGCUUGGCCGGAAGCUCUCCAUUAUGAACCAGUCACUGCUUAGCAUUCCAGGAUCCCCAUAUCUCUCUCGACACAACAGCAAAAGCAGCAUUUUCAGCUUCAAGAGAGGGUUCCGGGAUCCUGGGUCAGAGAAUGAAUUUGCCGAUGAUGAGCACAGCACAGUGGAAGAGAGCGAGGGCAGGAGGGACUCACUCUUCAUCCCAAUCCGAGGCUACGACAGGAAAAGCAGCUACAGCGGUUACAGUGGUUAUAGCCAAGGAAGCCGGUCAUCACGCAUUUUUCCCAGCAUUCGUCGGAAUGUGAAGCGGAAUAGCACGGUGGACUGUAAUGGUGUGGUCUCCCUGAUCGGUGGCCCAACCUCCAACAUCCCCAGCGGGCGUCUUCUGCCUGAGGUGAAAAUAGAUAAGGCAGCUACUGAUGACAGUGUAAGGAAGUCAGUGACCACAGAAGUAGAGAUUAAGAAGAAAGCCACUGGGUCACUUCUGGUGUCAAUGGACCAACUGAAUGCUUCAUAUGGAAGAAAGGAUCGAACCAAUAGUAUAAUGACAGUCAUAACAAAUACCCUUGUAGAAGAACUGGAAGAAUCCCAAAGAAAAUGUCCCCCUUGCUGGUACAAAUUUGCUAACACCUUCCUCAUUUGGGAGUGCCACCCACACUGGGUGAAGUUAAAAGAAAUUGUCAACCUGAUUGUCAUGGAUCCUUUUGUGGAUUUAGCCAUUACUAUCUGUAUUGUUCUAAAUACUCUUUUCAUGGCAAUGGAACAUCAUCCCAUGACCCCAACAUUUGAGCAUGUCUUGGCUGUAGGAAAUCUGGUUUUUACUGGGAUUUUUACAGCUGAAAUGUUUCUGAAGCUGAUAGCAAUGGAUCCCUACUACUAUUUUCAAGAAGGGUGGAACAUUUUUGAUGGAUUUAUUGUCUCACUCAGUUUACUAGAACUGAUGCUAGCAGAUGUGGAGGGGCUUUCUGUGCUGCGAUCUUUCCGAUUGCUGAGAGUCUUCAAACUGGCAAAAUCCUGGCCAACUCUGAACAUGCUGAUAAAAAUCAUUGGUAAUUCAGUGGGUGCCUUGGGGAACCUGACCUUGGUGCUGGCCAUCAUUGUUUUCAUAUUUGCUGUAGUGGGGAUGCAGCUUUUUGGCAAGAACUACAAGGAAUGUGUCUGCAAAAUCAGCCCUGACUGUGAACUUCCACGAUGGCAUAUGCAUGACUUCUUCCACUCUUUCCUUAUCGUCUUCCGUGUACUAUGUGGAGAAUGGAUUGAAACUAUGUGGGACUGUAUGGAAGUGGCAGGACAAGCAAUGUGCCUUAUUGUCUUCAUGAUGGUGAUGGUCAUUGGAAAUCUGGUGGUGCUGAAUCUGUUCUUGGCCUUGUUGCUGAGCUCUUUUAGUGCAGACAACCUUGCAGCCAGUGAUGAUGAUGGUGAGAUGAACAACUUGCAGAUCUCUGUCAUCCGGAUCAAGAAGGGAAUCGCUUGGACAAAGAUUAAAGUGCAUGAAUUUGUGCAGACGCACUUCAAGCAGAGGGAGGCAGAUGAAGUUAAGCCACUGGAUGAGCUGUAUGACAAGAAGAUGAACUGCAUCGCUAACCAUACAGGAGCAGAUAUCAAUCGGGAGAUUGAUUAUCAGAAGAAUGGGAAUGGCACCACCAGUGGCAUUGGCAGCAGUGUAGAGAAGUACAUCAUUGAUGAAGACCACAUGUCAUUCAUCAACAACCCUCACCUCACUGUCCGUGUUCCCAUUGCUGUGGGUGAGUCUGACUUUGAGAACCUCAACACAGAAGAUUUCAGCAGUGACACUGACCCUGACGGCAGCAAAGAGAAGCUGGAUGAUACAAGCUCAUCAGAGGGGAGCACCAUAGAUAUAAAGCCAGAGGCAGAAGAGGUACCUGUGGAAGCACCAGAAGAGUACUUGGAUCCUGAUGCAUGCUUCACUGAAGGCUGUGUGCAGCGGUUCAAAUGCUGCCAAGUCAGCAUAGAAGAAGGAUUGGGAAAGUCUUGGUGGAACUUAAGAAAGACAUGUUUCCUCAUUGUGGAACAUAACUGGUUUGAAACCUUCAUUAUCUUCAUGAUCUUGCUCAGCAGUGGAGCUUUGGCCUUUGAGGAUAUUUAUAUAGAACAGAGAAAAACAAUACGUACCGUCCUGGAGUAUGCUGACAAAGUCUUCACCUACAUCUUUAUCCUUGAAAUGUUGUUGAAGUGGUGUGCCUAUGGAUUUGUGAAAUUCUUCACGAACGCCUGGUGUUGGUUGGAUUUCCUCAUUGUAGCAGUCUCUUUAGUCAGCCUUAUAGCUAAUGCCCUGGGCUACUCGGAACUAGGUGCCAUUAAAUCCCUUAGGACACUCAGAGCCUUGAGGCCUUUAAGAGCGUUGUCCCGAUUUGAGGGGAUGAGGGUGGUUGUGAAUGCCUUGGUGGGUGCUAUACCAUCCAUUAUGAAUGUGCUGUUGGUCUGCCUUAUUUUCUGGCUGAUUUUCAGCAUUAUGGGGGUUAAUCUUUUUGCUGGGAAGUAUCAUUACUGCUUUAAUGAGACGGCUGAGUAUCGAUUUGAAAUAGAAGAGGUGAACAACAAGACAGAGUGUGAGAAGCUGAUGGAUCCCAAUGGAACAGAGAUUCGGUGGAAGAAUGUGAAGAUUAAUUUUGACAAUGUCGGUGCAGGGUACCUGGCCCUUCUACAAAUUGCUACCUUCAAAGGCUGGAUGGAUAUAAUGUAUGCAGCAGUAGAUUCUAGAAAGCAAGAAGAGCAGCCCAAGUAUGAGGACAACAUCUACAUGUAUAUCUACUUUGUCAUCUUCAUCAUCUUUGGAUCUUUCUUCACCUUGAAUCUCUUCAUUGGUGUUAUUAUUGAUAACUUCAAUCAGCAAAAGAAAAAGUUUGGAGGUCAGGAUAUCUUUAUGACAGAAGAACAGAAGAAGUACUACAAUGCCAUGAAAAAAUUAGGCUCCAAAAAACCUCAAAAGCCAAUUCCCAGGCCUCUGAACAGAAUCCAAGGCGCUGUCUUCGACUUUGUCACCCAGCAAGCCUUCGAUAUAGUAAUAAUGCUACUCAUCUGUCUCAACAUGGUGACUAUGAUGGUUGAAACCGACACACAAAGCAAACAGAUGGAGGAAAUCCUCUACUGGAUAAAUUUGGUCUUUGUUAUCUUUUUCACUUGCGAAUGUGUGCUGAAAAUGUUUGCCUUACGUCACUAUUAUUUCACCAUUGGAUGGAAUAUUUUUGAUUUUGUGGUUGUGAUACUCUCUAUUGUAGGUAUGUUUUUGGCAGAAAUCAUAGAGAAAUAUUUUGUGUCACCAACUCUCUUCAGAGUCAUCCGCCUGGCCCGUAUUGGUCGAAUCCUGCGCCUGAUCAAGGGAGCUAAAGGGAUCCGCACCUUGCUUUUUGCCUUAAUGAUGUCUUUGCCUGCCUUGUUCAACAUUGGCCUCCUGCUCUUUUUAGUAAUGUUCAUCUUUUCCAUCUUUGGAAUGUCAAACUUCGCUUAUGUCAAGCAUGAGGCUGGCAUUGAUGACAUGUUCAACUUUGAGACUUUUGGCAACAGCAUGAUAUGCUUAUUCCAGAUCACUACCUCAGCUGGAUGGGAUGGGUUGCUCUUACCCAUCCUCAACCGUCCUCCAGACUGUGAUUUGGAAAAGGAACAUCCUGGGAGUGGCUUCAAAGGUGACUGUGGGAAUCCUUCCGUAGGGAUCUUUUUCUUUGUUAGCUAUAUCAUCAUCUCCUUUCUGAUUGUGGUAAAUAUGUACAUUGCCAUCAUUCUAGAGAACUUCAGUGUGGCUACAGAGGAAAGUGCUGAUCCACUGAGUGAAGAUGACUUUGAAACCUUCUAUGAGAUCUGGGAGAAGUUUGACCCCGAUGCUACCCAGUUCAUUGAAUACUGCAAGUUGGCAGACUUUGCAGAUGCUUUGGAGCACCCUCUCCGUGUUCCUAAGCCCAACACCAUUGAACUCAUUGCCAUGGAUUUGCCAAUGGUCAGUGGGGACAGAAUCCAUUGUCUGGACAUCCUCUUUGCCUUUACCAAACGUGUACUGGGUGACAGUGGUGAACUAGACAUCUUGAGGCAACAGAUGGAAGAGAGAUUUGUGGCUUCUAAUCCUUCCAAAGUGUCUUAUGAGCCCAUCACAACCACGUUACGGCGCAAACAGGAGGAGGUCUCCGCAGUGGUGAUCCAGAGGGCUUACAGGGUCCGUUUAGCAAGGAGGGGAUUUAUCUGCCGAAAAAACGUCUCCAACAGAAUAGAAAAUGGAGGGACAAAUAGGGAGAAAAAAGAAGGUACUCCAUCCACGGCUUCCCUCCCAUCUUACGACAGCGUAACUAAGCCUGAAAAAGAGAAACAGCGGGCCGAAGAAGGGAGACGCGACAGGGCAAAAAGGCAAAAAGACGCCAGGGAAUCCAAAUGCUGA